CAAUUGCACGUGGAGCCGCAAUUUAUGGAUUAUCUAUAAGAUCCAAUAACCUGAAUAAUAUAGGGAAUGAUGAUAAUUUGAAAUGUAUCAUUUCUUCAAGGAUCCUUAAAUAUACUUAUGGAAUUAAAGUACAUUCUGUAUGGGUAAACGGCGAUCCGGUCAACAGAAAGACCAGUGAUGGAUAUAUUGAAAAGUACGAUUGCUUGGCUAAACGUGGUACUAAAAUGGAAGUUAAUCAAGAAGUUACGAGGACAUAUCAUCCAAUUUAUCCUAAUCAAACAGCAAUACUUUUUAGCGUAUAUUAUACUCGAGAGUAUAAUGGAAAAUACUGUGAUGAUCCUGGAAUGAAACUCAUAGGCAAACUUCGAAUCGACCUUCCUGGUUCAGGUCGUGAUAGACCUGUAUUAUUUGGGUUAACGUUUGGACAAAUGGAAAUUAUCGCUACUUCAAAGAACAAACUUAAUGGACAAAGUUAUAGAACCACUUUUAAGUUUAGCUUGGAUGAUUAG